UCGUUUCCAUGGAUACCACUAAACUUAGCAUAGCACGGUGGGGCUAUCCUGUAGCUAAACGCCAAGAAAGUUGCCACAAAUACUACUUUUUUUUUCAUUUUCUGAGUCCUUAACUUCUUGAUAAAAUAAAUACUGACAGAAUACAAUGUCUUGGAACUGGAACAGCCGCGGUUUACCGUUUUUACCAGGAUACACCUUUCAGGAUGUAACGAAGUCGGCCUUCCAUCGGCCCAACACACUGGUCUAUAAGAACGGCUAUGCUCUCCCUCGUCGUCCCACCGUCGGCAUUGGACAGUCUCCUCUUAUGUCAGAACAAUUGAUUGAGCAGAAAAUUAGUGACUUGACUUUUGAGAGACCAGAUGUGACUUAUGACUCCUUUGACGACAGCCAGUUUGAAGCCUUCGUCCCAGCUUAUGUAGCCCUGGAUAAGAAGGUGCUGCGCUUCUAUGCAUACUUUGAGGAGAACGUUCUGUAUUCUCCUGAUGAGGAGUACCGUAUACGACCUGUGGUCAUAAACUACUUUCUUGAAGAUGACACCAUGUGCAUCUCUGAGCCUGCAGUGGAGAAUUCCGGGAUGCCACAUGGAAAACGGAUCAAACGUCAGCAUCUACCCAAGAAUGAACAAGGAGCACAUUACCGGUGGACAGACCUGAACCUUGGUAUUGACCUGGAAGUGUAUGGUGUCAAGUACCACAUCACACAUUGUGAUGAUUUUACAAAGGAGUUCAUGGAAAGUGAAGGAAUAAAUCUAAACGACCCUGUGUCGAUGCCAGUGGAUCCUUACACUGAACAUCGCAGAAAACCUCUGCUAUCUCACACAACACCGUCUGAUUUCGACAGGUUGCACCAGUUCCUCACAAUGGACCGCAAGGUUUUACGCUUCUUUGCCUUGUGGGAUGAUUCACACUAUGGGGAAACCAGACCCGUGACCAUCACGUAUUUCCUGGUGGACGACACAGUGGAGAUCAGAGAGGCUGAUGCGCCUAAUGGACGGAUUCCCUUCCCCGUACUAAUGCGCAGACAGAGGCUGCCCAAGAAACUCAAAGAGUCCCAAGCCUUUCCUACCUGUGUGCUGGAGGUUUCAAAAGAGGAAGUUGAUGAAUACUACUCCCCUAAAGACUUCCAUGUUGGUCAAACGAUAACACUUCUCGGCCGUCACUUCCAGCUCUGUGACUGCGACGGAUUCACGAAAGAAUAUUAUGCAAAGAACCACCCAGAUAUAGACAUGAAACCCAUUGAGAGAACAGAGAAGCUUCCAGAAAGAAAGAAGGAAAUUCCUCCCUAUAAUGGUUUUGGGUCACUUGAAGACACCCUCCAGAACUGUUUGUCCCUCAUACCAAAGCAACCCAAAAAGAAUCUGCUACAGCUGCUGGAGAAUGACCACAAAGUGUUGCGCUACAGUGCUCGGCUGGACUCCCAGUUUUCCGAAGAUGAGGGCAGGCGUUUUGUGCUGUCCUACUUUCUUGCCAAUGACAUGAUCAGUAUUUAUGAGAAACCGACACGCAACUCUGGCGUCAUUGGUGGAAAGUUCCUUGAAAAGACACGGAUCCCUAAGCCGGGCUCUACUGUGGAUCAUCCUGAGUUCUACUCACCUGCAGACUUGGCCAUUGGAUCCACUGUGGAGGUUUUCAACCACCGUUUUGUGUUGACCGAUGCUGACCAGUAUGUGCUGACAUACCUGGAGUCCAUCUCAAGCCAGAUCCCUUCUCAGACGCUGGCUUCUGUGCGGCAGAAGUUGGGUGUGCGAACAACAAACAAUGAGCAAAAUGGUAAAAGCCAAUCAGCUGACUACAAAAACAUGCUCAUCUACAGGUACAUCUCAAAAAAUUAGA